AUGACCCUUAAAAUACGCUGCCCCCAUACUCCGCAAUCCGACUUCCCCUCAACCUCCUCUUCUCCCUCGACAUCGAACGUUCGACUACCGGCUGAAACCGCUAUCGCUUCAUCGUCCUCCCAGGUUCAUUUCCAGGACCCAGGGAUUCGUACAGCGGAAACUACAAACAGCGAGGACCAAUCGCCAAAAGCGAUCGAAAGUUCUGCCGAUAAAUCAACGACCGAAUUUACAGCAAAACUCUUCGUCAAUUAUCCGCCGAACCGUCCGCGUUCCAACAUAAACAAACGCCGUCAACCCAAUCAUACUACCUGCCUUUCCUAUCCGUCUUCUCCCUCCACCAGCGUUUCCGACGACAUGCGACGCUUCAGGCCUCCUCUGGCUCGCGAGAAGCAGUCAGCGAGCUCGCCGACCACCCGAGCUCGUUUCUCGCUGUCGUAUCCUUGCGAGAGGUCAGCACGGCUUUUCUCGAAUCACUUUCCGGAGGGCCACGAACUAGAGUCGGAAUUUGUGGAGGCGUACCAGCUUCAGGAUGAACUGGGCGCAGGUGGAUACGGCUUCGUGAUGACCGCCAUUGACCGAUACAGUGGGCUCGAGGUCGCUGUGAAGUUUAUCAUCAAGGACAAGGUUCCCGAGCACUCCUGGAUCCACGACCCUACUUUCGGCAAGCUACCUAUGGAGGUUGUGCUUUUGAGCUUCGUCAAUCACGAUAACAUCGUCAAGUGCUUGGACGUUUUUGAAGAUCCGGUCUACUUUUAUCUCGUCCAGGAGCUUCAUGGAUCACCCUGGAAUAGGUCGCAGGCAUACACGCUAGACUGGCCGACGUUGGAAGGCAGCGACUUGUCUUCAGCGUCCCUCUCCACGCCUUCCCUUUCCCCUUCGACCUCUGAAACCUCGCUCGCUCCGGAUUCGCCCAGAACUCCCCCGCAUCGCUACCCGUCACUACCCAUCCCAUUUGCUAACGACCCUACGCACACGUCGUCCAGCGGGGAUCUUUCUCCUAUUGAGGACGAGCCGGAACCGAAGCACCAGAUUUGCAAGCGGCCGUCGUACGAUCUGUUCGAGUGCAUCGAGCAAUCGGAACGCAAGCGAUUAACGGAGGAACAGGCCCGCUAUGUAUUCGCCCAAGUGGUCGAUGCUGUCUAUUAUCUUGACAGUCUCGGGAUAAGCCACCGCGAUAUCAAGGACGAGAACCUUGUCAUUGACCACGAUCUCAAGAUUAAACUUAUCGAUUUUGGAAGCGCUACUAUCGUUGAUCCCUCCAAACCACGGCCGUAUUACGACCUUUUCUACGGAACCGCCGCCUAUGCAUCUUCAGAGAUUCUCCUCAAGAAGAAAUACCAGGCAGCACCAGCGGAGGUGUGGACACUUGGUGUCCUCCUCUCAUAUCUGCUUGCCGGUGUUUCUCCUUUUCCAACCAUCCGCGACGCUGUCGACGGGCGGAUCUUCCUGUCAGAGUCCUUGGGAUUGAAGCCCUCGGAAAGCGCUAUGGAUCUUCUGCGUGCCUGCCUGGAUCCGAAUCCAGAAACGCGCAUCACCAUCGCGGAAGUUGCAGCACACCCUUGGUUGCAACAAAGCCAUAUAUCGGUUGUUUCAUAG